CGCCGCCGCCGCCGCCCAGGCUCCUCGCUGCUCCCCGCUUCCCGGGCCCGCAGUCCCGGUCCCCGGCAGCAGGCGAGGCCCAGGCCGCGGCCGACAUGAACCACCAGCAGCAGCAGCAGCAGAAGGCGGGGGAGCAGCAGCUGAGCGAGCCGGAAGACAUGGAGAUGGAAGCUGGAGAUACAGAUGAUCCACCAAGAAUUACACAAAAUCCUGUCAUCAAUGGGAAUGUAGCAAUGGCUGAUGGACAUAAUAACACAGAGGAAGAUAUGGAGGAUGAUACCAGCUGGCGUUCAGAAGCAACCUUUCAGUUUACAGUUGAACGUUUCAGCAGGCUGAGUGAGUCAGUCCUUAGUCCUCCAUGUUUUGUACGGAAUCUUCCAUGGAAGAUCAUGGUGAUGCCACGAUUUUAUCCAGACAGACCACACCAAAAAAGCGUAGGAUUCUUUCUCCAAUGCAAUGCUGAAUCUGACUCCACGUCAUGGUCUUGUCAUGCACAAGCUGUGCUGAAGAUAAUAAAUUACAAAGAUGAUGAAAAAUCAUUCAGCCGCCGCAUCAGUCACUUAUUCUUUCAUAAAGAAAAUGAUUGGGGAUUUUCCAAUUUCAUGGCAUGGAGUGAAGUUACUGAUCCUGAAAAAGGAUUUAUAGAAGAUGACAAGGUUACUUUUGAAGUCUAUGUACAGGCAGAUGCUCCCCAUGGAGUUGCGUGGGAUUCCAAGAAGCAUACAGGAUAUGUUGGUUUAAAGAACCAGGGAGCAACUUGUUACAUGAACAGUUUGUUACAAACUUUAUUUUUCACAAAUCAGCUACGCAAGGCUGUAUACAUGAUGCCAACAGAAGGUGAUGACUCAUCAAAAAGUGUUCCUUUAGCCUUACAAAGAGUUUUCUAUGAACUACAACACAGUGACAAACCAGUAGGAACAAAAAAGCUAACAAAAUCAUUUGGAUGGGAAACUUUAGACAGCUUCAUGCAACAUGAUGUCCAAGAACUAUGUCGAGUGUUGCUUGAUAAUGUGGAGAAUAAAAUGAAAGGAACGUGUGUAGAAGGCACCAUACCUAAAUUAUUUAGAGGCAAGAUGGUGUCCUAUAUCCAGUGCAAAGAUGUGGACUAUCGAUCUGAUCGGAGAGAAGAUUAUUAUGAUAUCCAGCUAAGUAUAAAGGGGAAAAAAAAUAUAUUUGAGUCCUUCAUAGAUUAUGUGGCAGUAGAACAGCUAGAUGGUGACAACAAAUAUGAUGCUGGAGAACAUGGCUUGCAGGAGGCUGAAAAAGGUGUGAAAUUCCUCACGUUGCCACCAGUGUUACAUCUGCAACUCAUGAGAUUUAUGUAUGACCCACAAACGGACCAAAAUAUCAAGAUAAAUGAUAGGUUUGAGUUUCCUGAACAGUUGCCACUUGAUGAGUUUUUACAGAAAACUGAUCCCAAGGAUCCUGCAAAUUAUAUUCUUCAUGCAGUACUAGUACAUAGUGGAGAUAAUCAUGGUGGACAUUAUGUGGUUUACCUAAACCCUAGAGGGGAUGGCAAAUGGUGUAAAUUUGAUGACGAUGUUGUGUCAAGGUGUACAAAGGAAGAAGCAAUUGAGCAUAAUUACGGAGGUCAUGAUGAUGACUUAUCGGUUCGGCAUUGUACUAAUGCUUAUAUGUUAGUUUAUAUCAGGGAAUCAAAACUGAGUGAAGUUUUGCAAGCUGUCACUGAUCAUGAUAUUCCUCAACAAUUGGUAGAACGCUUACAAGAAGAAAAAAGAAUAGAGGCUCAAAAGAGGAAGGAGCGGCAGGAAGCCCAUCUCUAUAUGCAAGUGCAGAUAGUGACCGAGGACCAGUUUUGUGGGCACCAAGGCAAUGAUAUGUAUGAUGAAGAAAAAGUAAAAUAUACGGUCUUCAAAGUAUUAAAAAACUCCUCAUUAGCUGAGUUUGUACAGAAUCUUUCUCAAACCAUGGGAUUUCCACAGGAUCAGAUUCGAUUAUGGCCCAUGCAGGCAAGGAGUAAUGGAACAAAAAGACCAGCAAUGUUAGAUAAUGAAGCAGAUGGCAAUAAAACAAUGAUUGAACUCAGUGACAAUGAAAAUCCAUGGACGAUAUUCCUUGAAACAGUAGAUCCUGAGAUGGCUGCUAGUGGGGCAACAUUACCGAAGUUUGAUAAAGACCAUGAUGUAAUGCUAUUCCUGAAGAUGUAUGAUCCAAAAACACGGAGUUUGAAUUAUUGUGGACAUAUCUAUACGCCUAUAUCCUGUAAAAUUCGCGACUUGCUCCCAGUUAUGUGUGAAAGAGCAGGAUUUUCCCAAGAAACUAACCUUAUCCUCUAUGAGGAAGUUAAACCGAAUUUAACAGAGAGAAUUCAGGAUUAUGAUGUGUCUCUUGAUAAAGCACUCGAUGAACUAAUGGAUGGUGACAUCAUAGUGUUUCAGAAAGAUGACCCAGAAAAUGAUAACAGUGAACUACCAACUGCAAAGGAGUAUUUCAGAGACUUGUAUCACCGUGUGGAUGUCAUUUUCUGUGAUAAAACUAUUCCUAAUGAUCCUGGGUUUGUUGUUACAUUGUCAAAUAGGAUGAAUUAUUUUCAGGUUGCAAAGACAGUUGCACAGAGGCUAAAUACAGAUCCAAUGCUACUUCAGUUUUUCAAGUCCCAAGGUUAUAGGGAUGGCCCAGGUAAUCCUCUUAGACAUAAUUAUGAAGGUACUUUAAGAGAUCUCCUGCAGUUCUUUAAACCCAGACAACCCAAGAAACUUUACUACCAGCAGCUGAAAAUGAAAAUAACAGAUUUUGAAAAUCGGAGGAGUUUUAAAUGUAUUUGGCUAAACACUCAAUUUAGGGAAGAGGAAAUAACACUAUAUCCAGACAAACAUGGGUGUGUCCGGGACCUGUUAGAAGAAUGUAAAAAGGCUGUAGAACUAUGUGAGAAAGCGUCAGGGAAACUUAGGCUGCUAGAAAUCGUAAGCUACAAAAUUAUUGGUGUCCAUCAGGAAGAUGAAUUGUUAGAAUGUUUAUCACCUGCAACAAGUCGAACGUUUCGAAUAGAGGAAAUACCCUUGGACCAGGUAGAUAUAGAUAAAGAAAAUGAGAUGCUAAUCACAGUGGCUCAUUUCCACAAAGAGGUCUUUGGAACUUUUGGUAUACCAUUUUUGCUCAGAAUACACCAGGGUGAACAUUUCAGAGAAGUGAUGAAACGAAUUCAAACAAUGCUAGAUAUCCAGGAAAAAGAGUUUGAGAAGUUUAAAUUUGCCAUUGUAAUGAUGGGUCGACACCAGUACAUAAAUGAAGAUGAAUAUGAAGUCAAUUUGAAAGAUUUUGAGGCUCAGCCGGGUAACAUGUCUCAUCCCAGGCCUUGGCUGGGGCUUGACCAUUUCAAUAAAGCCCCAAAGAGAAGUCGCUACACUUACCUUGAAAAGGCUAUUAAAAUUCAUAACUGACUUUACUUAACCAGUUUGUUCAAGGCAAGGGACAAUACGUGUGUGUGUGUGUGCACCUUUUUAACAACAGUAGAACUUUGGUACACGUGCACUAUAUCUGAAGUCUUCAGCAAGAGGAUUUGCUGCUGAUGUUAAUUUUAUUUUGUUGAGGCUGUUCAGUUUGGCUUCUCUGUAUCUAUUGACUGCCCUUUUUGAGCAAAAUGAAGGUGUUUUUAUAAAGCUUGGAUGCCAAUGAGAGUUAUUUUAUGGUAAACAUAAUGCAAGGCAAUUGUCAGCAUAAUGGGGGAAAGAGUUUAGUAGGACAAUUGAUAUUGGCGAAAAAUUUGUCUGUAGUAUGUUUAUAGAUGGCAUAAGCUGACUGGCUGCCCUUCCUGGUAUGGUUUCUUUCACCAAACCUGCAGCGAGUAAGUCUUAUGUUUAGACUCACAACUGAUUUAUUUCCUUCAGUUAUACUUUAAAUGACCUUUUGUGCAUUUGUAAAUGCAAAAGAAAAAGAACUCACAACAUCAAUAAAUAGAGAUCUCUACUUCAUUGUGUAUAUUGUUGGCACUUAUUCGGGAUUUAUGUCUCCUCCAGCUACAUAGGAUCUUUUUAAUAAACUAGUUUUGAUUUAUUUAGUUCAGCCACUACUUUGCUACCCGUUUUGCAGAGUGGGUGCACUGAAUAAAACCCUAAAAGACAUUUUGGGUCUUUUUAAUAAAUUAAAAACACUGUUGAAUACAAUUAAGGUUUACUAUGCUGCCUGUUGGCAAAUUUAAUGAAAUCAGAAGUUGGCAAAAACAGGUUGCAAGGAUUAUAAAUAUAGUUUCAUUUAAAUGGGAACAGAUGGAAGAAACAUUAGCCUUUUAGCACAGAGGGCAUGCUCACUAGUGUUUAGUAAGCUGUUGACUUUGUAAAAAAAACAAAAAACAAAAACAAAAAAAGCAAAACAAAAAAGCAAAAAAAAAAUAGGAAAAGAAAAAAGAACAUGAAAUUGUAUAUUUAAUGAAUGAACAUGUACAAUUUAACACUUGGAGGUUAAUUUUGUUGGGUGAGUCUGCAAGUGAAUUUCACUGAUGUUGAUAUUCAUUGUGUGUAGUUUUAUUUCAGUCCCAGACUGUUUCCUUUUAUUUUGGAGCUAAUGCCAGCGUGUCUAGUUUUGAGUGCAGUAAAAAUAGAAUCAGCAAAUCACAAUUUUUCAUUCUUUUCCAGUAUUUUUUUUUGUUUCUGUAGCAGCAGUGUACAACUCUUCCUGUAUAUUGCCUUUUUGCUGGAAAAUGUUGUAUGUUGAAUAAAAUUUUCUAUAAAAAUUUUACUUCAGUGAGUGACGUGGAAGUUGAGGAAGAUUUCUACUCUCCCUGGAAGUACAGUUUGGGAAACCUUUUCAUUUACAACAAGGUUUUACUAAGAUGUAUUUUUUUUUUUAAUUUCAGUAUUGCCAAUGUGUAAUCCUGGUUUUUUGACCUCUUAACUAGUCACAUUUGAGCUUAAGAAAUAAAAGGUUUUCCAGGAGGGAACCAUGUACAAAUACAAUGACUGGAAAUAUUCUUUAAAUACUUUUUAAGGUAUAUAGUCUGUGGGAUCCAUAGUUUUUGGAGUAGAUUUGGCUCCACUUGCCUUGUUCAAAAUUUUGUGGUCCACAUACCCCAAAUGUGGUGUUUAUAAAGGUAUAUGAUAAAAUCUGUACUUAUUAAAUAUGAUCUCUCUUUCUAGA